AUGGUAGAUUUAAACAAACGAGCUUUUUGGCAUUUUACAUUUAAAGACAUAUUAACUAUUCUAUGCGCAGCUGCUAUACCCAUCGCUCUUGCUAUUUAUGCUGCAAUUGACUCUGAACAAGCAAAAAAAGAAGCUGAAAAAACACGACAGUUUGAUUUGGAACAAUCAAGAGAAUUAAGACAACAAACACUUUAUGAUGAAUUUAUAAAUCAUAUUUAUAAAUUGGAUAAAGAUGGUUAUCUGAAGGAGAGAAAAAAACCAUGGGCAUUUGCAAAUGCAUAUUAUCGUGCUGCACAUCUCCAAUGGGAUACAAUACGUAAAGCAUAUGUUAUACAAUUUCUUAAAGAAAAACAAUUGAUUGGUAGAAAUAAUUGUACUAAUGGAUGUAAAAUAACAAAUUUGGAUGAUAUAAUUCGUUUGAAUAAGUUAAACUUUGAUAAUGUACAUCUAGCAAGUCAAACUGGUGCAUUACAUCAACUGGAUUUAGAAUGUGUUUCUUUUGAUGAAGUAUCAAUGUCAAAUGCAGUAUUUUCAUCUGUUAAUUUAAAUGGUGCGUCAUUUAAUGGAGCACAAUUAGAUAAGGUGAAAUUUGAUGGUUCAUCUUUCCGUUGUGCUAGUUUUAAUGGUACAAAUCUGGAGGGUGCACACUUUUCAAACAGUGAUUUGUCAGGAGCUAAACUAACGAAAGAUCAAAUAAAACAGGCAUCUUAUGAUAAUGUAAUUCUGCCAAAUGGAGAGAAGAGUGAAACUACAUCAUCAACGACAACAAAAAAACCUAGAACACAAACAAUAACUAUAAUAAAAACAGAAAUGUCGACAACAACAUUAUCAUCAUCAUCAGCACCAUCAUCAUCAAUAACAUCAUUAUCAACAUCAGAAGCAACAACAACAACAUCCUCAGCAACUUCACCAACAAUGUCGUCAUCAUCAACAACAUUAUCAACAUCGUCAACAACAACAUUAGUCGCAGUUUCUAAUGGUACAUUUCUUGAUGAAACUAUCUACUCAGUUGGGGCUAGUCCUUCGUCAGUGGUCGUAACCGAUGUGAACGGCGACAAAAAACCUGAUAUUGUUACUGCAAAUAGAGAUUCAAGCAGCAGCAGUGUUUUUCUCAAUACAGGCAAUGGCACUUUUUCUCCUCCAACUAAUUACACAGUUGGCACAUUUCCACAAUCAAUAGCAGUAGCCGAUAUGAACAACGACAAUAAACCCGACAUUGUCACUGCAAAUACAGGGAAAAACACCAUCAGUAUUCUUCUCAACGUAGGCAACGGCACUUUUUCUCCUCAAACUACUUACGCAGUUGGUGGAGCUCCAUUGUCAUUAGCAGUAGCUGAUGUGAAUAACGAUGGUAAACCCGAUAUUGUCACUGCAAGCAAAAGUAAAACCUGUAUUAGUGUUCUUCUGAACGUGGGUGACGGCACCUUUCCUCGUCAAGUUACUUACCAAGAUCUUAGAGGUUCAUUGUCAGUAGCAGUAGCCGAUGUGAACAGCGACAAUAAACCCGAUAUUGUCUAUGUAACCGCGACUUUUAACUACAUCAUUGUUUUUUUCAACACAGGCGACGGCACUUUUUCUCAUCAAACUUCUUACGUAGUUGGUUUAAAUCCAAAUUCAGUAGUAGUAGCCGAUGUAAACAGCGACGAUCAACCGGAUAUUAUUAUCGCACAUCACGGUAUAAACAGCAUCAGCAUUCAUCUUAACAAAGACAAGGGCACUUUUCCUACUUCAAGUACUCACUUAGUUAGUGGAGAUCCAGAAUCAAUAACAGUAGCCGAUGUGAACAACGACAAUAAAUCCGAUAUUGUCUCUGCAAACGCGAAUUCAAACAGAAUCAGUGUUAUUCUCAACAAAGGCAACGGCACUUUUUUUCCUGAAACUACUUACGCAGUUGGUGGGGAUCCAGUUUCAGUAGCAGUAGCCGAUGUGAACAACGACAAUAAACCCGAUAUUGUCGUCGCAAACCGAAAUGGAGGAACUGUCAGUGUUCUCGAACACUGUUAA